GGGAGAAGAAAAGAGAGAAAGAUCUAAGGAGACAGGGGAGAAGAUAGAAGAAAAAGAAGAAAAGAUGCAAAUGGAUGAAGUACCGCUGCAAGGCGUCGAAGGAUGUGGAGUUGGAAUUCUAGUCAUUGAUGUCAGCGCAAGAGUUUUGGUUGAGAGGCAUAAAGAGGACAUCGCUAAGGUUGGGGAUUUGUUAAAUGAGGAAUGCUACGGGCAAUCGCCGCCAGCACUCGCCAACGAACACCCGCUUAAUGGCUUUUCCACGUCACCAUCACUUUAGAUGAGUUACCGGAAACUUAGAAUAGCCGGUUCCUUUAUUUCUUUUUGGAAUUGUGCAAUCAUCUGACAUCUUUCAUACUUCUUAUUGAAAAGUCUUAUAGAGGAAGGAACUCUGAAAGACUCCAUAGAAACUGAAAAACUUCUGCCAUUAACUUCGCGCCGGCGCCAUGGCUAGUAGUUAAAAAUGAUUUAUGAGCUUAAUUUUAGCAUUUUAGCUUCAUCUUCUACCAUAGAAAGAGCUUGGACUCCAUAGAAAAUAUGCAGGCGUGCAAGAGCUUCAAGCAUGGGACACUUUUGAAAAAAAAAGUUCACUUUUGUUUAUAGAGGAUAUAUAAUGUCUGCCUGUUGUUAAUCUAUUUGAUGAUGGAGUUAUGAUAUGUAAGAAUUUUAUCUUGUGAUUAAGUUAUAAAAUAUUUACUUUUCA